AUGCAAAUCAAGACCGGACUCGCCACAGGCGUUCUUUUGAGUGCCACUGCCCUCGCAGCUAACUCCACUUCCAGUAUUCCUUCUUCUUGUUCGAUCAAGUCUGAUGCCACUAUCAGUGCCCAGGCCGAUUUGGACAAGUACUCCGGAUGUCAGACUUUGGUCGGUAACUUGACCAUCAGUGGUGACUCUUUGUCAGGUUCUGCCUCUUUGGCCAACGUCGAAGAAAUCGACGGCUCGUUGUCUGUUUUCAACGCCACCGAGUUGCAGUCGUUCUCUGCCGACAAGCUAAGCAAAAUCUCGGGCUCUUUGUCGAUGCAGCAGUUGACCCGUUUGGAAUCGGCCUCUUUCGGCUCGUUGCAAGAAGUUGACUCCAUCAUCUUCGUCACUUUGCCAGCCAUCAACUCUAUCGCUAGUAACCUAAAGUCCGUCAACUACUUGCUGAUGGCCGACACCAACUUGGAGUCCAUUGAUGGUUUCAACGCCCUAGAAAAUGUUCAACAGUUCAACGUCAACAACAACAAAAACCUAGCUCAGAUCAACUCGCAAUUGAAGACCGUCUCUGACUCCUUGGAAGUUAGUUUCAACGGUAACAACGCCGACGUCAAAUUCGACAAUCUAAAGUGGGCUAACAACAUCACCUUGCGUGACGUUAGCUCCGCCUCUUUCCAAAAUCUACAAUCCGUCAACGCCUCUUUGGGUUUCAUCAACAACUCCAUUGAGUCUUUGAACUUGACCAAAUUGGGAUCUGUCGGUGGCACUUUGUCCAUUAUCUCCAACGAAGACUUGACCGAGGCUAUUUUCAGUAACUUGACCCAAAUUGGUGGUGCUUUGCUCAUUGCCAACAACACCAAGUUGGCUCAAAUCGACGGUUUCAGCAAGCUGCAAUCCGUCGGCAGUGCUUUGAACGUCAUUGGUAACUUCUCGGACUUGGAAUUGACCUCCUUGAAGUCUGUCAAGGGUGGUUGCGACGUUGAAACCAAGUCUUCCAACUACACUUGCGACAGCUUGAAGAAGUUGCAAAGCAACGGUGGUAUUCAAGGUGACGCCUUCGUUUGCAAGAACGGUGCUACUUCUACCUCCAUCAAAUUGUCUUCUACUUCCGGUUCUUCCAGUUCUACUGACGACUCUUCGUCCUCAUCAGGUGCUAAGGCUGCUACUGCUACCGACUCUUCCAGUUCUUCCUCUUCUUCCAAAUCUAAGGGUGCCGCUGCUGGUCAAGUCGUUCCUGCUUCUUCUUUCAUGGGCGCCAUCGCUGCUGUCGCCGUUGCUUUGUUGUAA